CGCAAUCCACGAGACACGACAUUUAUGAAGGAAGCAGCCAUUUUAUUUCGUGAAAUUUCACACACCCAUUUAUUUAUCAAACUAUGUCCAAAGAACAAUGUAGAUCGGAGUUAGUGUCAUUAGUUCACGUACAUAGUUUGCUGUCAACGUCGUCAAUACUUUGUUAAAACAAGAGACACCACCGUGAAAAUGAAGAAAUUAUUCUCAAGAAUUGAAACAAAAAUUGAUAACACUUCUAAAGAACCCAGUAACUAUGUCGGUAAAGUGUUCACAGUCGGCAAACAACCCUAUACAGUUGAAGAAGUAAUAGCAGAAGGUGGGUUUGCUGUUGUUUUUCUUGUGAAGGGAAGUAAUGGAAAACGAUAUGCAUUAAAACGGAUGUAUGUCAAUAAUGACUUUGACCUUAACGUGGCUAAAAGAGAGAUUCAAAUUGCUAGCAACUUAAGUGGUCACAAAAACAUAAUAGGAUAUGUUGAUGCAAGUAUCACACCAACUAGCAAUGGAGUCUAUGAAGUAUUGCUUCUCAUGUCUCACUGUAAAAGUGAUGUUCUGCAAAUGAUGAAUGCAAGAUUACAGACUGGAUUCUCAGAGGUAGAAGUACUCCAAAUUUUUUGUGACAUGGUUGAAGCCGUCUCAAGGCUUCAUUUCUGUCAAACUCCAAUAUCUCAUAGAGAUCUUAAGGUGGAAAACAUCUUAGUCAGUGAAAGUGGUCAUUAUGUGUUGUGUGAUUUUGGCUCUGCAACAGCUAAAGUUUUGAACCCAGAAACUCAAGGUGUACCAGCUGUUGAAGAGGAGUUACUCAAAUACACUACGCUGUCUUAUAGGUCACCUGAAAUGGUUGACUUGUACAGUGGUCAACCAAUUGGAACAAAAGCUGAUAUUUGGGCCCUUGGCUGUCUCCUGUACAAACUGUGCUUCUUUUCAUUACCAUUCGGUGAAAGCACACUUGCUAUUCAAAGUGGAAACUUUUCUAUACCGGACAAUUCAAAGUAUUCCAAGAGCAUGCACAGUCUUAUUCGUUUCAUGCUUGAGCCAGAUCAAGAAAAGAGACCUGAUAUUUUUCAAGUAGCAUCUGUUGCCUUUGCUUUAUCAGGAAAAGACUGUCCUGUUCAAAACUUACACAAAGUGGCUGUCCCAUCUUUGGAACAGUUGCCCUCAGCGCAAAUGGAAAGUGAAAUCAAGAAAGUUCCUGUAAAAAUCUUAAAACAAACUGUUCCUCCUGUAGUUGAAGGCACAAGUGUUGCUCCAAGACAGAGGCCAAAAGGAGGUCCUGCCAAAGGAGGUGUCCUUUCAAUUCCUAUACGGUCCUCACCAACACCAACUACUACCAAACGACCUGCAGCCCCUUCACCAUCACCUGCUUCUGGCGAUCAUUCAAAUGUGUUCCUUAGUCCACUGCCCCCACCUCCUACCCCUCAGUCAAAUCGUGAAUCUCAGAUUGGUAAGACACCAGAACCCAGUCCUCAUCUUCCCGUGCCAGCACAAGUAUUUUUUCCACCUACAUCACCUUGCCAUUCCGCCUCCAUUGUUGAAACAUCUGCCACUACCCCAACUUCUCAAACCCCUGUUACCCCCAGCGGAGUCCCACCCACCUCAAAUUCAAACAGCAAGGAGGGGAUUGGUCCUGAAACAGUCCUUUUCCCACCAUCAGGAUAUCCUGAUCCAUUUCAUGAAGGGGAUAACACAAUUGCUGGCUUUCCCAUGGCUUCCAGUGUGACUGCACUGGCCACAUGUGGAAAGUUGGAGACUUCUGCAUCUCAAAGUAUGGAAAUGUUAAGUCCUCCAGGCUCUCCAUCAGGCAGUAGUUCACGUGUUCAUAGGCGGAAUGUCAGUGACACCUCUGCAUUUAACAAAGUAUUUGUCAACGACACCAGUCAGUUUUUAGCUCCUUAUCAAGCAUCGGUGAAAUCUCGUGAAACAGAGUCGCCUGAAAAUGCAGAAACCUUCAACGCUGGAAGUGGACAAGCAACAGCAGUAGUUUGUAAUGCUGAUCAGAAACCACCGGGUGUUUCUGCUUCUCAUAAUGAACUAUCUAAAGUUUCAAGCUUACCAGGGAGUGAUAGAGUUGGUCAUUCCUUGCCAGAAGAAGUAGCAGAUUGGAACCCCUUCCAUGAACGUUCUAAACCUGAAAAUCUGUCCGAAGAUCAAUUCUUUGGUGCUGAAUUUGACAAAAUUCGUAGAGGUUCUCAGAGCAGUAUUUCAAAUGUGAAAAGCAGAGAAAGCUUAGUAAUGACCUCAGACACUGCAGAAGAUCCAUUUAGUUCAGCUCCAUUCAGCUUGCCAAGUUCAAGACAAAAUAGCUGUAAGGAGAAGAGCUCAUCUAGGAAGUCAUCAAAUGGAGAAUCUCGAACGAGUAGAAAAGAAUGGAAAGAAAUCACCUCAGAGACAUUUCAACCCGAUAAACCAUCUUGUGAGGACACAUGUGUCAACAGUCUUCAUCUAUCACCACCCUUUGUAAGGGCACCAGCUGAAGAUCGAUCAAAGUAUGAAAAGUUAACUUACGACAUUGCUGAUAAUUCUUCAGAUGAUAGUGACUCAUCAAACUCCCACCAAGAAAUGCAAGAUGAUUCCAAAAUUCAAAAGGAGGUAAAACAGGUACAGAAUAAUUUUAGAAGAAGAGGAACUACUCCUCUCCAAUCAAGGAUUGUCAAAGACGUCAGCAACACAAAUGUUUAUCUUUCUGAUGAUUCUAUUGGAUCAGCAAGUGAUUUACGUAACAACACCAACGAUGAGCGAGAAGAGUAUGAAUCUGAAGGAGAAUCUGAUGAGAAAACAACUCGUAAAUUAAGUAAUCUGUCUCGGCACUCUCGCACAUGUAGCUUUAAUGAGCUCCGAAGUAUCAACACAUGUGGCUCGUCAGCAUAUCAUGCUGAGUGUGAUAGUGCGUCAACCCAUGACGAGAACAAUUCAACACCAACCUUAAGUCGACGGAAAAAAGAAAAGACUGUUCAUUGCUCUGCUCCAAACAAUGAAGAGGAGAGUGAUCUCCUCUUUGUUGGCCACCAGUACGGGGAAAAACCUCUGUUAGCAGAUGAUGAAUUGGACUCUUCUGAGGGUGAUUUUUCCAGUAACUGUGAGUCACCAACAUUAGAGUCUCCAAACAAAUCAUCUAAAAAAUGUUGGAGUGGGCAAUCAAGUGUGGAUGUUUUUGCUCUUGCACCAUUUCCUGCUGUAAUAUCCAAAGAAAAUUUGAAGUUAGUUGAACAGCCACCAACUGUGAAAGAAGGAUCAUUAGUAGAUUUAGGUGACGCAACAGGAACAAUUAAAGACCAUCUUGUUAAGUCCUUGCAGAACAAUUUGCGAGAGAGCUCACCUAUAACUACUGAGGGUGAUAAAAGUCAGGUCCAAGCUGACUUAUUUGGUUCCCCUCCGUUUCAUAGUCACUCUGCAGAAAAUCUGUUUCGUGAGGUAAUUUCUACUACCAAGCCAAAUAAUUGUGCAUCUUUGUCACCCUCAAGUCAAACACAAAAAAUUGGCGUAUCCUCCAUUGUAUUAAAAGUGGUUGAAAACACAAGUCCUAAACUUCAUGAAUCAAGAUCAGUAGAUAUUGUGUCAUGUUGCGGGCCAUCUCAGCCAGAUUCUUUCUUCACACAAUUCAAAGGCAUUAACUGCCCAACAUAUUCUGGUGAGGGCUCCAAUCAUAGGGCAAGAAUGUCUGCCAAGGCAGAUCUGUUUGGAGCUACUCCUUUUGCCUGUGAGGUGAAAACAUCACCCCAAGUAAGCUGUUCCAGCUCACUAAGUCUUAGUCACAGUUCUCAUGAUGCGGCACAAUCAUGGCACUUACAAUCUCCAAAAGAUACAACAUGUGUACCAUGUGCAGUAUUGCAUUGUCAGACAGAAACUGAUCCUUCUUUACCAAAAAAAGAUUGGUAUGACAAAGAAGGGAAGGAAGGAAAGUACCAUUUAAUUGAUGGAGCUCGUUUGCCUGGGAAGCCAAAUAUUUUGCCUGUGAAGAACAGUCAAAAAAAUAAAGGGACGUCAUCGUCUUCAAAUAAAAAGUCAAAGUCAAGUAAGAAAACACCAGAAAAAAUUGGCGGCUUUCAAAACAUGAGUUUUGAAGAUUUUUCAAGUGAUGACCCUGGAGAGAUGCCAUCAGAGGUCAGAAACCAGUUUGAAGUUCAAAGACAUGACUCGAGCAGGUCAGCUGACUUGGAAAGAAAAGGUUCGUUAAAACGCCGAAGUAAUCCAUUUUCCUGAGCCAGGUUACUGAAUUACAACUUGAGAUAACAAGAAAGUACAUGGAAAGUAAGCAUCAAAGACAUUCUAUUUUAAAGGUAUUUUUAAGAGAGCUAAGUUUUUGAUGAUGUUGGUGUUUUGUAGAUCUGGUGAAUAUCUGUGUAUCUGCAGCUUUCUAUGAGCAACAUAACUGUGAUGAUAAGUGACUUUGUUACCUGAUGUACACAAUUAAAGCCUUGUGUAUCUUGGUGUUAGACCCUCUUCAAAUACUUACAUGCAUUUCCAGUUUGCUACAGCAGCUGACACUAUAUUAACAAAACGAAGCAUGAGAAACUAAAUUUGGAGAGAAAUAUAUAGGGUACAGCUAUUUUAUUAAAAAGUAUUUUUUAAACAAACUACUGAGUUAGCUACAACGGCGUGGAUAUCCGUAGAACCUUAAGAUAGUAAUGAAAUUAUUUUUUGUCACAAAUGAAUGAAUUUUUAAUUGGUGUACACUUUCUCAACUAUUCGUAAUUUAUUGUCAUAAAUCUAUGUAACUUUUUGUAUCUAUGUGGCCCAAGUACCACAGAAAAUCACAUUGAGUUGGAUGCAAAGGUUUGCCCAAAAUUGGAACUUUUAAUUGGACUUUUAAUGUCAUUUUGACCAUUUGUUGCUUUUAUGAUUAAUUACCAGAGUAAUUUUUAUCUGAUGUUUUGUCUUUCUUAUUAAGUUAUGGUAUAUCAAUUGGGUCAUUCUUAAUCAUGGGAAAGGUUGUGAAAAUGUUAAAUAUUGUAAAGGAAUGUGAAUUAGGACUAACACAAAUUAUUAGACUAGUCUCAUGGCAUACCAUGGCUUUUAGAAAUCCAGACCAAUAGACUUUUAGGAGUUUCCCAUGUCAUAUGUUACAGUCUGCAAGGUCUGCAUUGUAUUCAAAAUAUGGUCUCAUUCCAGAGGUGUCAGCUUUUUCUUGCCAUUCCAAUUGUUUGGUGUCUGAUUAUGCUGUCUGUAAUAAUGCUGGGGGAAAAGGUGCUUAAAACUUUUGUAUCUAAGUAAUUUAAUGGUGCUUAGAAACAUUACAUCCACAUGCAUACUGUUGUGUUCUCAAGUGAAUUAAUUUGGCUGAAAAUAAGUGAUCAGCAUUUAUGUUUGACUAAUUACAGUUUAAUGCCUGCAGUUGCAUUGAUGUGUUUGUUUAUUUUUCCAGUGAUAAAAAAAAAGGGGUGUAAUUUUUCAAUAGAUUAGUUUUUACAACUCACCUGUACUUUAUUUUACGGCCAAUGAACGUUUGUUAUCAACUAUAUAGGGUCAGGUCAGGUAAUAAACGCACAAGACUCUAUAUUAAUUUGGUUUGAGAAGAUGUGGACUCAUUCUCCAACCUUGCUAUUUCAUUAGAUGGUAUCUAUCAUCCUACUCUACACCAAGUGCGCUUUUUAUAACAAUCCAAACAAUAUCUUCUGUUUCAACAUUUAUGUUUGAGGUUUUUCAAACAUAAAAACCGUUGGUGCUAUAUACAAACCAAUUUAUUUAUUUAUAUGUUCACUUUGUGCCUUUAGUACCCAACCUGAGCCUAUAGAACAUUGCACAGAAAUUAAUGUGAUUCUAUGUAUAGGCCUUAGUAAUCGCAAAGGUAUGAGUUUAUGGAUGUGUUCACUAACAUGUGAGCACCUUAUAAAUGCUGAAAGUGUUCUUGAAUUGGCAUUUAGUUAUUGUGAGUAGCUCAUGCAGCUCCACUUAAGAUGGCAUUUACCAAAUAGAAGCAAAAGUAGUCAUUUAAGUGAGUCUACUAGUUCUGAAUGUAAAAUAUUUAAUGGUUUCUGUUGUUUGUUAAUAAAUAUUUUCAUGAAUAAAUUAAGCAAUAGAAAAUUAUUAUCACAA